AUGGAGCACCAGUUCAGCAAUAUGGAAGAGCUGGUGGUUUUCUUACAGGCAAACCAGGCAGUGUGUCACAAGACCCACUUCGACCCCAAUCAGGAUGACACAUUAGGGGGAACUGAAUACAUAAAUGGAAAAGUUAAAGUUACUUUUAGUCUUGGGGUGGGUGAAACGCGUGUAUCUCAGUGCGUGUGUGAUGGUACCUUGCAGAAGGUGUGCAGCAGGAAACACUCGAGUUGCUGGACUCCACGUCUGCAAGUGAUCUGCAACCUACUUUCUGCAUCGCCAUGUUCCUGGAAUGAAAGCCAACCAAACAUGGAUAUUAUCUGGGAAAUACUGAUCCUUCUUCAAGCCAAUUUCUUCGUUUGUACAACAGCUCAGCCAAGUCCUCCUAAAAUUCAUGAGGGAUGGUGGGCAUACAAAGAGGUCGUACAAGGAAGCUUCGUUCCAGUUCCUUCCUUUUGGGGACUGGUGAAUUCAGCUUGGAACCUUUGUUCAGUGGGAAAAAGACAGUCUCCAGUCAACAUUGAGACCAGCCAUAUGAUAUUCGACCCCUUUUUGACUCCACUGAGACUCAACACUGGGGGCAGGAAGGUUGGAGGGACCAUGUAUAACACUGGCCGCCAUGUCUCACUGCGACUGGACAAGGAACACUUGGUGAACAUCUCAGGUGGACCAAUGACAUACAGCCACCGGCUAGAAGAAAUCAGAUUACACUUUGGCAGUGAAGAUGGACAGGGGUCGGAGCACCUCCUUAACGGCCAGGCUUUCUCCGGGGAGGUGCAACUGAUCCAUUAUAACCAUGAGCUCUACACAAACUAUACAGAAGCUGCAAAGAGUCCAAAUGGCUUGGUGAUAGUGUCUAUAUUCAUGAAGAUCUCAGAGACUUCAAAUUCAUUUCUGAACCGGAUGUUGAACAGAGAUACCAUUACAAGAAUAACAUAUAAGAAUGAUGCCUAUUUACUUUCGGGACUAAACAUCGAGGAGGUGUACCCAGAGACAGCCAGUUUUAUUACCUAUGAAGGCUCCAUGACUAUCCCUCCAUGUUAUGAGACCACAACCUGGAUUCUUAUGAACAAGCCAAUAUAUGUCACAAAAAUGCAGAUGCACUCAAUGCGACUUCUUAGCCAGAACCAGCCAUCGCAGAUCUUCCUCAGCAUGAGUGAUAAUAUUCGCCCGGUGCAGCCUCUGAACAAUCGCUGCAUCCGUACCAACAUUAAUUUUAGCAUGCAAGGCAAGGACUGUCCCAAUAACCGGGCCCAGAAGCUACAGUACCGAGCCCAACAACAGAGAGACAAUGAGGAUACAACCGGCAACCAUCUUGCAUAGACACAAAUGAAUGAAUGGCUGCUCAAAUGAAUCUAUUCAUGGAUAAUAUACUAAAUAAAAAUGGAAGGACUAUGGUAAAGAACUGGAACAUGGUAGAGACUCUGGAUUGCAUCACAUUUGUCCUGCCAGAUUUUCAUGACAUUAAACAAAAAAGAAAAAAGAAAA